UCCUGUUCCUCUUUUGUCUGUUGUUUCUCUCUGUGGAGGAAGUCUUUGUGGUGAUUUACUAUACCUAAUAAGUUAAGGCCCUAAUGCUAAGCACACACACACACACACACACACCCUAAACAAAUCCUUCCUGAUGUAAUUACUUGGCAUGUAAGAAGCAGUUGAUUGCCUGGGAGAUGACCCCACCCACUCACACACUCACCUGUAGCAGUUGCAGUGUACUUUCUGUUUUGAAACAGCCAUGUAUCAGGAAGUGAUGGCAGGACUGAGGCCGGUGGUUUUAAGCGGUCCCUCAGGUGCUGGGAAAACCAGACUACUCGAAAUGCUGCUCAAAGAGUUUGAUGGUGUCUUCGGCUACGUUGUCUCCCAUACGACACGGAAACCUCGUCCAGGGGAGGAGGAUGUAAAAUGUACAUGCACACACACGCACACACACCCACACCCACACCCACACACACACACACACACAAUGUACAUAACAGAGUGUGUUAUGAUGUGUGUUACAGAUUAUCAUGUCAGCAGAGAGGAAAUGCAGGCAGGAAUCACUAAAGGAGAUUUUAUCGAGAGCGCAGAAUUCUCAGGGAACAUGUACGGAACAAGUAAAGCUGCGGUCCAGGCUGUUCAGGACCAAAAUCUGAUUGCCAUUUGGGCUGUUAACAUGCAAGGAGUGAAGAGCAUUAAGAAAACCAAUUUAAACCCCAUCUAUAUCUCCAUCCAACCUCCAUCCAUGGAUGUGCUGGAGAAGAGGUUAAGAGCAAGAAAGACCGAGAAUGAGGAGAGUUUACAGAAGCGUCUCCAGACUGCACUGGUCGAAAUGGAGUUCAGUAAAGAGACUGUUCAGUUUGAUGUGGUCAUCAUUAACGAUAAUCUGGAUGAAGCCUACGGGAAAUUAAAAGCAGCUCUUCUGCAGGAAAUCCAAAAAGUCAAAAGCACCACCAAAGCCUGAACGUCCACUGUCCAGCUCCUGGAGACCAGCACUCAGAGACAGCAACAUUCCCCACACACACACACACACACACACUCUGCUUACACACUCCUCUCCCUCACACACAGCUGAUGUAUUCAUACGGCUUGUGAAGGGAAAAUGUUCUUUAAAUAGAAUGAAGCUCCAGGUCUAAUAAAAAUAAAGCCAUGUGACAAUCAGAGUCUGUUCUGUGAUCCUCUCAGAGCUGGAAACAGAAAUAAUUUUAUCUACAAAAUGUUAAAAACAGUCAGGAUUGUUUGAGUUUGGAACAGAUCUACCUGCAGCCUAGUCUGGAAAUUCUUACAGAAUCCAAACACAUCACUGAUCUGUGAGGUUCACAGGUUGGUGUCCAGUCAUCAGGUCAGGGUUUUUUUUUGUUUGUUUGUUUGUUUGUAUUUUAAGUAAUGACCACUUUCUUUGUGUUAAUUUGUUUGGGUAAUU